GUUGAAUACUUUCAUCAUCUGUCCGCAUGCUCUGCGUCGAUGGAUGGAUCAGGGCAGCACGCUUUGCAGCGCACGCUGGUCCUUCGACCUUGCGUACCCGACAAUCUUGGCUAGCCAGCACUAGAGCAUCAGGACAAUCCCUUCACACCUCAGCUCUGACCAGACUGGAGGCUCCCACACCAGGCGUGCAGGAGCAUACCGACGGGCCUGAUCGAAUCGAAGACGAGUUCUUCAGGGAUCUGGAAGCAGAUAUAGACGAGAGGGAAUCGGACAGCCGACAGGUCAGCACACCUGCCUCGAGGUCGAAGCGAUCGUCAAAAGACGAGAAGCCAGUCAUCCACUCUUCGAGCUGGGAUUUGAGGCCACAACCUGAGGAAGCCUUUGAUGAUGUCGUCAGCGAGCUUUUGAGAAGAAAGAAGAAGACAGAGAUGAAACGAAUGCAGCAAGGCGGGUUUCUCGAUCAUAUAACGGUCCAGAUUCGCGGGGGUCGAGGUGGUCAUGGCGCAGCAGCAUUCACAGCGACAAGCAGCGGUACCCUUGGACCGGCUUCCGGUGGUAAUGGAGGACAAGGAGGAUCGGUAUACCUCAAGACUUCACCAACUCUCACGUCCUUACACAGCAUUUCGCGCCGGAUCAAUGGAGGACCCGGUGGCAAUGGGAAAGGGGACACGUUGCAUGGAAGACCAGGGACAGAUGUUGUGAUUGAGGUACCUGUCGGUACGGUCGUGAGGGAGAUCAGACGAAAACCAGAUCCCACAUCAAAAUUCGCUGGGCAGAAUGGAUCGGUCCAAUUUCCAACAUCCCGAAAUCUCAAGAUCGCCCAUCCCCUGGCUAGCAAGAAAGACUCGGCGGAUAUUUUGGAGGUUGAGGAGGACUUUGAGGCGUUGGACAAGGGUGAUGAGGCGGACAAUCAACCUAUGAGCGAACAGGAGAAGAAAGCUUGGGACAGAACUUUUGUUCUGUUCCCUGGAGCAGAAUUCACGAGAGCAGAAUAUCGUCGGGCGGAGAGAGCCCUUAAGAAGGGUGGACGCGCCGAGAAACCACCCCCGACGUUUGAACAGGAACCGCCAAAGACGUUGGAUUUGGAAGUCCCAGUCACUGGUGACCCGAUUUUAUUGGCUCGAGGGGGACAUGGAGGAAUGGGGAAUCCCUUCUUUUUCGGUUUCUCGGGCUAUCGACAGCCUCGAAUUGCUGGGCGUGGGACCAUCCCCUACACCUCGACAUACGAAUUUGAGCUGAAACUAUUGGCCGACGUGGGUCUUGUGGGAUUUCCGAAUGUGGGCAAGAGCACCAUCCUUCGAGCAUUGACUGGUCGACGGGCCGAAGUGGCCGAUUACUCUUUCACGACGUUGAACCCUCAGAUCGGUGUCGUCAGAGUAUGGAAUGACGGGACGUUUGGUGAUCCCAACGCACCAGAAGGUCGAUUAGUCGUCGAAGAUACAUGGAAAGAGAGGGAUCAGGAAGCCGAAGGAAGGCUCAAAGGAGAAUAUCAAUCAGCUCGAGGGCAUCGAGAGGUGGUCACACCGCGUGAAGAUAUGGAGCCAAAAUAUGAAGUGGCCAGAUUCACCAUCUCCGACAACCCCGGAUUGCUUCCCCUUGCAUCUGAGAAUGUUGGUUUGGGACACAGCUUCCUAAGGUCAAUCGAACGAUCACUCGCCCUAGCAUACGUGCUCGAUAUCACCCGACCAGAUCCGGCUGCGGACUUGAUGACGUUGCGAAACGAAUUGGACACGUACAAGGAGGGAUUGACGAGUAAAGGCACAGUCAUCAUCUUGAAUAAGGGCGACAAAGUGGAUGAGCAAGUCGGGAGAGAGCGUUUCGAGCGCGUCAAGGAUCUCGUUGCGACAUUGCCCGAGGCUCAAAAUCUCGAAGUCACCGUUUUGAGCGGCAAGUUUGGUCUGGGGAUGAAGAAGAUGGUUCAGGGAUUGAGACAAAGGGUAGAACAGGAGAGGGCAAAGACCCAAGAACGCUCAGCGUAGAGGAGCUCUAUCAAGUCAUUGCGUCUAUGCAUACAUCGCAUGGGGU